CUUAGUAGUAUCAAAUAACAACCAACAGUUUCCAUUCCAAAACCCCAAUCCAUUCCACAAAGAACAAGAGAAGCUUAUCAGAGUCAGAGGAAAAUGCCAACCCGAUGUGAAAUUUGCUGCGAGAUUUUGAUCGCCAUCUUGCUCCCCCCACUCGGUGUUUGCUUCCGCCAUGGUUGCUGCAGUGUUGAAUUCCUCAUCUGCUUGCUGUUGACUAUUCUAGGGUAUAUCCCUGGGAUAAUUUAUGCACUUUAUAGCAUUAUCUUUGUUGAUCGUGAUCAGUACUUCGAUGAGUAUAGGCGCCCUCUCUAUGCACAAUCUAGCACCAAUUAAUGUGGGGUUGGGUUUCCUUGUUCCCUUUAUGUACUCUUGUGUAAUUGUGUUGCAUCUGAAUCCGAAAUGGAACUACACUAAAAAGGUAGAAAUUUAGAUGCAGCUAAAUGAGUGUGAAAUUGACAGGUGAAAAUGGUCNAGAAUAAAUUAAUUU